UACAAAGCCGUGAAUAUUUCUGGAGUUUUCUACAUCACAAUUUUAUUGCAAGUCAACAAUAUUUAUUGCGUUUUAUUGUCUUAUGGAUAGCAAGAUUUUUCUAUCAUUUGUGUUUCUGAUUACAGUAGAAUACCAGUAGGUAUGUAUGAAGAUUACUUAUAAGUAGAAACUCUCAUUUAAUUGAUUGUAAUUUUAUAGAUUUACAUAUAGUGCCACAACAGUUUAUUUUGGGGAGUUUUAAUAUGCUGUAUAAAAUUUAAAAUUUUGAAACUAUAAACAGAAACGUUUUUAGUUGAAUAUCUAGCAAAUAGUAAUGUUUGAUUGCAAGUGUAUGUAAUGAUUAGUCUGAAUAUACUUUCAAGUAUGUUACUGGCAAGAAAUAACCUAUUGAACACUGUGUCCGAAACACACAUAUCUUGUAGCCGCUGCGCAUCUGCGGUGCACCCCCUGUUCAUGUGCCAUCUUUGGGCGUUUUCCAUUUAAUGGCCUGACCGGUCAGACCCAAAUUGUUUUUCUCUGUAUCAAUGGAAAGAUCUGGUCCAUGUUUCUCAAAUAGCUAGCGAAAAUGGACCUCAUUCAAAUGUUAUCUAAAUUUUCCAGUCAGAUACCCUGGCCCAGAGGUUUUUUUAGGUUUGGCGAACGCGAAAUGCGAGAAAACGUGCGAAGAAAUAGGAAAAACCUCUGGUGAAUUUGUUAGCGAUUCCUGGUUCGGAUAAAGAAUGCAAAAAAUGUAUAAUGGCUUAAUGCAUCAUAUUCUAAAAAUAUUAUCCAAUCAUUAUCCUUGACGCCAGGCCGUCUAGACAGGGUUUUUAAUAUCGCAUGUUUACUGUCCAGUGUAUGCCUGCCCAUUUGUAGCAAUAUUCAUUCUCCUGAAUUUCAUUCAAUUUAAAACAUCACAUCUAUUCAAUUUAAUAUAAAUAUAUAUUUAUAUUCAUUCACUUUAAUCUUGCAAUAUACAUUCAAAAAAAUCUGUAUUUUAUAAAUUUAUUAAACACACCUCUUUGGGCCGACAUGAAAUUUGUCUGUUAAUUUAAUACAAAAGCAAGCAAAUUUGUCUUGUAGAUUUCAAAUGAAACCAUUCCUCUCCAUUUCGCAUUUCGAAUAAUAGACUCGGGAUUACAAAAUGCGAAUGUAAACUCUCCAUCUAGUAUUGCUUUCUCGUCCUCUUCGUUUGACAGUGAAGUAACACGGCAUCCACGCUUUCUUAGUUUACGGACGUGAGAGUCAAUGAAAGAGUUCAAUUUGCAAAUGACUAUUAAGAUGGGUUUCUCCAGAAAAUUGUGGCUUUUGUCAAGUCGUCGUGCUACUCUCGGUGUUAGAACUUUGGAAUAUUAAACUCUUCCCAUAACCGAUAGCAAGAUGCAAAUACAUCUUUAAUGUGAAUCAAAUUGGACAAGGCGCGGUAUUGAUGCUCCGUUAAACUUUUAAUUCAGGAAAUUUAUCAAUCUAUCUAUUAAUGCAGCCUGUAAAACUGCUUCUUUCAACUUUUGUUCGUUUAUUUAAUAAUAUAGACAUUUCAAAAUUCAAAUGUUCCAAUUCAAUCAAAACACGAAAUGCCUGCGAACAGGCUAUGAUGUUUACAAUAUCCAAUCAGAACACGUAGUCUAUCGAACUUAUGUCAGCAGCCAAUCAACUCUUUGCUUCCAUUUUUGAAAGUUAUGUGUGGAAUGUGAACCCAAAAACUACGCCAAUUUCACCAGAGGGUUAUUCAAAACAGGCGAAAAUAAAUACCCUCUGGUUCCAGGGUACCAGUCAGAUUGAGAUAGGUCUGAAGCCCAAAUGUUUUGUGUUCUAUUCAACAAUUUGACCGUUCUGACUGGUCUGACUGUGUUAAUGGAAAGCGCCCUUUGUGUCAGCGGGCAAGUGGAUGCAAUUAUGCACCUAUCAAUGUUAACCCCCAGAGGGGGGGGGGGCAUAUGUGGGGUAUUUGAUCAUCAAUUGCAUCCCCACCCUGGGGAUUUUGAAAAGCAUUUUGGCCCUGAGUUGGGGCAAUUUGAACCAAAUGACUGUUAUUAAUAUAGUAUAUCGAAAUUAUCGUCAUGCUUGAUGACUAUCGUGAUAUUGCUUCGCAUGUGUAUAUAGCUUUUAUAAAAUCCUAAAUAAAUUCUUUCAAUUUCACUAGAAACUAUAGUUUUUAAAAGAAUUAAAACUAUUUCCUGAAUUAAAUACGAAUUUAAUACCAUAAAAUGAAAUGAAAUUGCAGGCGAACCAGCGGAGACACAGUAGACACUGCAUAGACAGUUUAGGUUUAUGAACAGUAAAUAUUAGACUAUAAAAAGCCUUCUUAUUACAUUAAUUUGUUGUUUUUAGUGGAUUAUAUAUAAGCUUACUAUCCAGCUUGAUAUCAACUAAAAUUGAAAAAUGUGGUCAUUGUUUUUAUUUCAUUUAUCGCGAUAUUAUCGAAUAUCGUGAUAAUUUCCCUGACAAUAAUUGUGAGAUGAUUUUUUAAAGUAAUUGUUUUAUUUGACCGCAUGAAAAUUGUGAAAACUCAUUCAAACUCUUGCUUGUCUACCGACUACUCUCAUCUUCAUUUCACAAUUAGGCCGCUUGCAGGAAUCGAACAAAAUACAUCAGGGUCAGUGGAUAAUUUUCGCCCAAAGUACAUCGGGGUCAGUGGAUUUUUGUAUCAAAAGUGAUAGCAAUGCGCUUGCAGAAUUUUCGAAGCCACAAAUCAGAACGAAGCAAGUAAUUAAACUUUAUAGUAACUUCAAAUCAUUCAACUUAAUUUUUCCAUUACCAAAAGUUUAUUGAAAUACGAAAUAAUUUUUCAUAAUUUUGUCUGCCGGAGUUUUUGCCAGAGUUUUCCAACUCCGGCAAAAUAUGCCGGAGUUCCGGCUCUGGCGCACAGCUCUAGGCCUAUAGUUGCAUUUUUCGCAACUUCUCCUGGUUCAGGGUGGAAAAAAUAUCGGCCAAUGAAACCAGAAAAUUUUUUGUUUUGAGUUCCCAGAAAAUAUUUCCCCAACGAAGAAAAAAAGAUAAUUGUAAAAAUUUAGAUAAAAGGAAAAAUUCAGAGGAAAAAUUAAUGUAACCUGUACUGUAGGUAUGACCUCAGAAAUGCAAAAUUAUAUAAGUACCGUGUAUAAAUACAUCAAUCUGAGACACCUUAUUUCCAAUUUGUUUCAGGGAGCAUUCCCCCAGAUCUCCCUAGUAGUGCCCCCCCCCCCCCCCCCCGCAUUAGUACUCUUUUUGGCAUUCUAUAAAUUGACCUCGAGAUCUGACUCCUGAUUAUUUAGAUUAGUUUUAUGUUUUUAUAUAUUCCUAAAAGUAUUAUUAAGAUUUUCAGUGCAGUAAAAUGUUUUCCCUAGAAUUAGCUUGACAUUCAGUUUAAUAACUUGUUAGUGUCACACAGUUACAGUGUCCAAGUAUCAAUUUACUUGAUUAUUCACAGAAAAUGUUUCAAUGAACUUCUUGCAGUCCCAGAAAGUAAAAUAUUUUUCGCAACUUCUCCUUGUUGGGUCUCAUAAAUGUGUAAAAUUCACACUAGAAAUUACCAUCCACAAAACUCUUCUACAAUUACUCCUAUUACUGCCAUUUGCGUUCAAGCUUGAAGCGUGCAAAUUUUUUCACAUUUGUUUACGUUUCAAAAGCAACGUUUCAAAGGUUAUCACGCACGUUUGGCCGAUGAAAUUGAAUCGUUUGAAAAUAUAAAAAUAUUGAUUGUGACAGCAAGAAUAUACUUUUAUUCUUGUAUUCUCGUGAUUCUAAAUACUGUUCAAUCAAUUAUUUACAUUUUGUAGCUGAAUUUUAGGGAUUUACAGCAUGAAAUUGUACAAACGUCACUGGAAUUCAAACAAAACACGACAUAUUAUGUAACGAAUAAUAACCGUAAGGUUGCAUGGUUCAAACGAUCAAUUCAUUGGUCGAAAGGGCGUGAUUACCCCCCGGAACGUUGCGUUUGAAACAUAAACAAACGUGAAAAAAUUUGCACGCUUCAAGCUUGAACGCAAAUGGCAGUAUUCUUGAUGAAUGUACCCUUUAUUUCUAGAUCAGAUAGUCUGAGAUGGAGUAUUCUGGGUAUUCUGAUGUGGUGAAAGAAGUGAAGAAAGAGUUACGUGAUAUUACUACAGAACAUCAUACAACACAUGAGCAUGAUGAGUUGACUGUCCAUGGAACUCUUGAGAAUACAAAUGAAACACCUGAGUUGACAGUACAUAGGACUACACAACAUUGUACAACACAAGAGGAUGACGAGUUGAUUGUUCACCAGACUACAGAACAACAUGAGGAUAGAAGUGAUGCACCUGAAUUGGCAGUACAUAGAACUACCGAACAUGAAACAGCACCCGAGCGUUCUGUUCACAGAACUAGAGGACAUGGUGGUACAAUACACGAACACAGAACUACAGAGCAACAUACACCACCAGAGUGUACAAGUGAACCACCUCAGUUGACAGUACAUAGGAUCGUACAGACUGGAAGUCAUAUCAUGCAUACUGAAGAUCUUGUACAGUGUUCUACUGCAGUAAUAUUUAAUGAUCCUACUGUCAUCCAUUCAUCACCAUCAUCACAAUCUAACACACUUGUCUUAACAUCCGUAUUUAAUAACACACCUAUACUAGCUGUAGGUGAAUCAGCGAAAACAGAUAAUAUGUCUAUUAUUUCCAAAGUAAAUCCUUCAGAUUUAUUACUUCCUAAAUCUGAACAUGAUGAUCUCACCAACAAUGGAUCAGUUCUACUUAGCUCGCCAAGUCAAACUACAUUGUUGAUUCCAAGUUAUUAUCAUGAAAAUGAUCAUUUGAUCCAGGUAGCUCCCAGCAAUGUUCCACUGUAUCAAAAUACUUCUGGUUCAGCGUUGUAUGGGCAUCUAGCCCAGGUGCACUCAUGUCAAUGGCAGGAUUGUGAGGAACAGUUUCUUACUGUAGAAGAACUGGUUGAUCAUAUAAACAAUAAUCAUGUACUUGCAAGUAAAGAAGGUUGUGAAUAUUCAUGUCAAUGGAAGAACUGUGUAAGACGGGGCAAGGGAUUCAAUGCGAGAUAUAAACUCUUAAUACAUUUGAGAACACAUACAGGCGAGCGGCCACAUGCAUGUCAUUUUGAACGAUGUGAUAAAAGAUUUUCUCGUCUAGAGAACUUGAAGAUACAUUGCAGAACACACACUGGAGAAAAACCUUAUGUUUGUCCUUUUGAAGGAUGUGAAAAACGUUAUUCCAACUCAAGUGAUAGAUUUAAACACACGCGAACACAUAUCGAGAGCAAGCCGUAUCGCUGCAAGGUCGAUGGUUGUUUUAAACAAUAUACCGAUCCAAGUUCAUUACGAAAACAUCUUAAAGCUCAUAAAUUGUAAUCAAGUAUAUUAUGUAACAUACGAUUUAGGAUAAGGGAAAUGUUUUCCUAUUACAUGUAGACGGAUAUUUUUGAGGUAUUUUUUUAGACAAGUAUAUCUUAUACCGUAAGCCUCCGACUAUAAGCCCCCCCCCCCGAAUAUAAGCCCCCCGUGUAUAAGCCCACCACAUGUGCUAACGCUCACCUCAUUCCAAAUAUAAGCCCCCCCGAAUAUAAGCCCAUCGAAUAUAAGUCCCCCGAAUUAAUAUAAGCCCAGUAAUCGCUGCUUAAUACAUGUUUAUUUUCUUGUUUAUGUCUGACUUGUUUAUUACUAACACAAAAGAUCGUCCAUGUAUAAGCCCCCCCGUAUAUAAGCCCACCCUUGUAUAAGCCCAUCAAAAAUCGCUUACGAAAGUAUAUAAGCCCAGGGCUUAUAGUCGGAGGUUUACGGUAUGUAUGGUGUAAAAUUACGUGUUAUUACGUGUUAUACUCCACGGCGUGUCAACGAGAACUACAGAAGACAGUCACAUUCUUCAACGCAUAUUCAAACAGGUUCGCUCGACCAGCGCGGACAAAGCGAUCGUAAUGGAACUGCCGGCGCCUUAAAAAAGUGCACGGAAUAUUGGCCAACUUCAUCAUUGAUGUGUGCGAGUGAUCGAAGUGUCGCAUUGGUCUUUUCACGGUUUGAAAAUCGCACUGUUCUUCCUGCCAUACCGUCAUUGUUUUGACCGCAAUGCUUUGAUAUAUUUGUUAAAUUAACUUAGAAUUUUAAAACUCAAAAUGUCAGUCGUAUGUGACCUUUGUUUCCUCAUAAUGAUUGGAAAUAAGAAAAGGAAAUUUUGAUUUUUAAUGGUGGUCAGAAGUACAAGUAUUCAUUUUUAUAUCCCUAAUGUAGAAAUACAUUAUAUUCCAUUAUAUUGCAGUUAAACACAACAAAUAUAUGUAACCAAAGUGAUGUUUACGGUAAUAAAAUUAAAAACUUCCUGUGUU